UUUUGUUUAUUCACCCUAAUAGCGAAAUGAAUUACUUCAUCAUGCAUCAAGCCGACAAAUGGAAUACGAUAAUUUGUUGACACGGGAAGCAAGAGGUCGCUUUGUAUAUUCUGCUUGUCAUCCCCAACGGGGAUUUAGACAAAAAGUUAUGAAAAUACCGAUUCUGAUUUAUGACACGAAAGAGGUUCAUACAAACAUAACACCCAACCGAAGUCACGUGGUAAUGCAAUACCUAAAAACGAACUUCCUCCUACGUAUUUUAUUUUAUAUAUAAGCAAGGAAAUUCACACAUUCUCUCUCAUUUAUCGAAAUCUUGACAGCUACGAAAAAUUGGUUUAGCCUAUAGUUGGUUGGUAUAAACGUGCUUGUGAUCGUCAUUCUGUUACCUUGCUAACAAAUUUGCUUUACUGAAACAUCUUGUGCAGCAUAUAUCUCGGACAUCAUGACGAUAACUAUAAUAUCAACCGCACAUAUUAUUUCGAUUUGUUAUCAAUCAAUCUUGUUCGUGGUCGGUGUUCCUGGCAAUCUCCUCAUUAUAUUAACAUACUGGAAAAGACCGCAACGAACCAGCAGCGGGGUCUUUAUCAUCGCCCUGGCUUUAGCCGAUCUCGGCGUGUGUCUUAUGAGCCCCGUCGUCAUCUACAACUACGUAGAGUACUACAACUACCCCAGCAAUUCCUUCUGCAAGUUUCGCUACUACACCAACCAUGGGUUGAUUUACGUUUCGCGGUUUCUUACGAUCGCCGUGGCUAUCGAGCGAUACCUCGCCGUCUGCAAGCCGAUGUCGAGGAGAAUUCCGCCGAAGUACGCUGUCGUGAUCGCGGCGUUGUGUGUUCCCAUCGGGUACAUCCUGACGAUUCCAAUCGCUGUUGCCUUCCGUACCAAAGAACUACCCGGUGAACGUACGAUCUGCUCCCCCGACAAGUCCGAUCCCGCUAUCAAAUGGACAUUGAAGGUGAGCUUUCCGAUCACAUUCCUCGGAGGUCUUCUUGUCGUUGUCGUCUGUUAUGCCAAAAUAUAUCUGGUCAUCAGGAGACAGAUGCGCCUUCGAGAACGAAUGCAGGGAGGGCAGUCUGCUGUCAUCCUGUCUACCGAAGAUGCAACUACGACUUCAUCGUCAAACCGUGUAACCGCUAAGACAUCGUUUCCCAGUCGAUCCCAGGAGAGUGAAGACACAAGCAGUGGCCUACGAAAAGAAGGGAUAGUCCUUACAGAAAUAGGAAAUGAGGGUGUGGUUGCUGCCCAACCAAAGAUGGAAACUGACAACAAUAAGAACAUUUCAUCUGUAAAGGGACAGCUAGCUAAAGAUGGCGUCGAGAAAGUGUCAAGGAAGAAAAGGAAAUCCAGCUCGAAAUCCAAGUCCAGUUCGAUGGACAGUACGACGAAGAUGUUGCUUAUUGUUACCGUGGUGUACUUUGUCUCAUUCUUGCCUCAGUUCGCCACCAUCCUCACCCCCAAAGCCAGCUUGAUAAAGUUCAAAAUCAAUCAUAAGACUGGCUACGAAGUCUUCGCCUUCGUUCGAAGCCUAAUCACCAUAAAUCACAUCAUCAACCCAUUCGUGUACGGGUUCAUCAACAAACGAUUCAGAAAAGAUUGCAAGGCAACUGUCAUUGGUCUCAAAGAUAAAUAUUGCAGGUGCUGAGUCUUUCGAUCUUAAUCUUGCCGAUUAGGGUAAAAAAUACUAAACAAAGAAAUUGAAUUUUGUAAGGUGAAUUAUCUUUACUUUUUAAGCUGAGUAAUAAGUUUAAUUUGUCACUCCCAAUCCAAACGCACAUGCACAUACACACCCACAAAACAAACAAAAAAAUCCCAUACACACAUCUAUUUCUCAUCCAUUUACCCAAACAUACAUCCAAACACACCCUUACACACACAUAAAUCCUACAUACAUUUCACAUAUAUCCCACACACAUACACAUUACACCCGAACCAACACAUCCACACAAACACACCCUCACAACACCCAUACAGAGUUUACUGAUAAAUAAAUCUAUGUAUAUUGUUAUUUUGCAUGAUAUUGGCAAUGACAAUCAUGACUAUAAAUGACUAUUUUUGUUAUAACCAGGAUGAAUUACCAUCUGUAUCCGUGGGAAAAUGAAUAGGACUUUUUUCUAGGUCAUGUAAUAUAAAGAUUAGCGAUCAAUCGCGGGGCUUGUCUUUAAAAUAGAUCAUUAUGCAAUAAUCAAUGCAAUCAAUCGUAUAAACCAGCCCUACAAUCAACCUCUCAGUUUUAUGUUAUGGGGUCCUGUAACCAAAAGAAAAAAAAUCACAAUUUCUAUUUGAUAGAGAUGCGUGCAACUGAGUUCCUGGUUGUUUUUUAAUUGCUCAUUGCUCAUAAGUAAAAAAAUGAAACAAAAAGCAAAUAAAAAGGAAUUAAUUUCAUAAGGAAAUAUUUUUUUAGCAUGUUUACCUUGGUGAUACGGUUAUAGUUGGUGAAUUGUUGUGAAACUUAAUGUGUUAACCCUGCAAUCACGGACAGAUUACUUCUGUUUACUAUGAAAAAUAGAACAUGUCAAUGUACUAUUUGCUUAAAAAAUAUAGGUUCCAUGCAGGUAUAUUAUAUUUCAUCUAGACGAAAAUGGCCUCGGUGAAUCAGACAGACCGCCAUAGUGAAUAGUGUUGAAAUACCAUUUGGGAUAAACACGAAAAAGACUUAUGGAAAUAGAUUGUAUAAAUCGUUUAUUUAAGCCUGCUUUGUUUCUUGUCAAGUGUAGCGCCCGUUUAGUUGUGAAUCGAAAAAAAAAUAUUGAUGUAAUAAUUUAGGCACUUUAGAAUAUGGAUAUAAUAUCGUAAUGGAUACAAUAUAGUAAAUAUAUUAGGUAUUAAUCAUUUUUUAUGUUUGUAGACCUGUGUGUACUCUAUCAAAUUGUGUAAGCAAAUUGUAUAACUCGUGCCAAUUAAGAUUACAGUGUGCGGAAUAUAUUUACAGGUGUGUACAUAAUUAACAACAUAAUAGUACUUUCAUAUGUUGGAUUCAAAACUAUAAACAUCUAAAGCAAAGAUGUAUGUCCGUUUGUUAUUUCCCACAUUUCUUCUUUAUAAUUAAAGCAGUUUGUAAAACAUCAAAUGCCAAAUAAAUUUGUAUGCAUUGAUAGUAGCAUUUAGUACUUUCAUUUGUUGGUUUGAUAUGUUUUUGUCCGUAUGAUGUCUUUAACCUUAUCAUCUUCGUAAUUGAAGCAGUUUGUAAAACAACAAGUGUAAACUUAAAAUGUGUAUGUAAUUGAUAUUGGUACUUUCAUUUUGUUGAUUCGAAACCGUAAAAUUUAAAGCAUAUAACUUCCCUAUUUGAUAUGUUAACGUCUGUCUAAUACUUCUUACAUUAUAUUCUUUUUUAAUUAUACUUGAGGCUCAUUUUGAUAAUCAUAAUUAUAGGCCUAUUUAUCAUCUCAAUAAAUUCUGUA